ACAGUGAAAAUAAUUUUUCAGUGCAAUUUCGAUUUUAAAUUUAUUAUUCAUUGAUUUUUAUAUUUUUUCCGCAUAUAUAUAAAUAUUUACUUAUUUCGGUUAUAUUGGAAGUUAUUUCAUUAAUUUUAUUGUGUAUCUCGGGAAAAAUAAUAUAAUUAUUCUACGUAUAUAUUUUUUUGAAUUUAAAAUUAUAUAUUUUGAAAGUUUAAAUGGCACAAAUGAGCAUUACGAUCGAACCUUUCCGUAAAGGAUGUUCUUUUACGGAAUGGGCGGAACGUUUGGAUUAUUUUUUCAUAGUAAACAAAGUUCCGGAGGGCGACAGAAAAGCUCAUUUUAUUGCUUUAUCGGGGCCAGCAGUAUAUAGUGAAUUAAAGCUGAUGUACCCUAAUGGAAAUUUGAACGAUGCAACCUUUGCUGAAAUAAUUACGAAAUUAAAGGCGCGUUUUGAUAAAACGGAGUCGGAUCUUAUACAACGACUAAAAUUUAACAACAGAUCUCAGCAGCCAAAUGAAUCUUUGGAGGAUUUUGUGCUUGCUUUAAAGCUACAGGCUGAAUUUUGCGCUUUUGGCAACUUCAAAGAAGCUGCUAUUAUAGACCGUAUAAUCUCAGGUGUUCGGGACAACGGUCUACGGAAAAAAUUAAUUGGAAGCAACCGAAAGAUUUCUGACGACUUGGGAGAUGGCGGAGACAAACGCCAAGAAUUUUGUGGUAAAUGCACCUGUCGGUGAAGAACGAAUUGCAUCUCACAAUACGGCAUUUAAAGGUGGUUCGCAAUUUAACAAAUUAAAACAUAUAUAUGAAUUGGCUAUGAAACAGAACCCUUCUGUUGAGCGAAGAUAUGAAUCCCCGAGAAGUAAUGUAAAAAGCAGGUUAGGAUACAACUAUAAAAACAAAUUUCCCUAUUAUAAAGACGAUCGUUUCAAGCCUACGGAAUGGCGUGAUAGCAGGGAAAGAAGCAAACCUGACUAUUCACAAAUGACCUGUGAUUAUUGUGGUGUCAAAGGGCACAUCAAGCGGAAAUGCUUCAGGUUAAAAAAUUCACAGCGUAAUAUGGUCAAAUUUGUAGAUGAAUAUGAGCAAGCAGGACCCAGUCAAGUAUCCAACUUAAAUAAAAUAUUUAGCAGGAUGCGAGCGGACGAUUCGGAGAGCGAUGAGGAAGAUCGCGACACAGGUUGCAAUUGGAAAAGCAACAAUAAUGGCUCACCGAACGCAGCUAAAAGUAGCAGGCAAAAGUAACAACACCAGGCCAAAUGUGUUGGUGUCCUUGGGACUCCCAACGGAGGAAAAGAGAGCAGACAGCGACGAUGAGCAGUUUUACGGAUUACCUGAGGAAGAGAUGACUUCAACCAGGAAAAGGAAACGAGAAUUGAGGGAGACGGCUAAGGUCGAACUAAGACGCUCGAAGCGACGAAGAACGGCAAGGGGCGAGAGUGAAUUUUUAUAUAGCUAAGUUAUUAUUACACCAAAAAUGUUCUAAAUUAGGGGCUUUGGCCUUUUCGAAUUGUUUUAGAAAUAUCAGUAGAUAGAUUUUGUUAUUUCGUUCGAAACUCUGAAUUUAUAGUUUAUUAAAUGAACUUCCAAAAGGGGAAGAGCUGUAAUGUAUAACUGAAAGUGUUAUUUUACUCAGUGCAUUUUAGAGCACUUUCGAUAUAAAGAAGAGAGAAGAAACAGAGAAGAAUAAACGUAAAUAGGAAGCUGGACCAGGGAUGUCAGGUUCACAGAUUAAUCUGUGUUUCACAGAUUUUGAGUUUUGUGCACAGAUUUUAAAACUGACACAGAUUUUCACAGAUUUCUGAAAAUGAUCACAGCUUUUCACAGAUUCUUGAAUAAAUUCAGUAUAGCUCCAAAAAGUACAGAGCGUGUUGGUAGCGACACUUUUUUUUUGCUCACUAAAUUUGAUUUUGAACUGCUAUUGGAGUACGGAAAACGAUCACAGAUUUUCACAGACAGGUUUUGGGUUCGAUCACAGAUUUUAGAAAAAAUGACCUGGCAUCUCUGAGCUGGACUUCACUUCAGUUUCAAACCUAAAA